GGUAGAGAUUACACCUCAACUCAUUCAGCACCACCACCGUUUGAAAGUCUAUUGUGUGGGUUUCGUACCAUCUCAAUUGCCUCACCACACUCCAUUCACAUUCGACUAAUUCAAUUCAUUCUCUUUCGGAAGAUUGUUCAUUGAUUGUCCGCCGAUUCCUCAAUUCGACCUAGCCUACCUAAUUUUCGUCGUCUUCACAUUCCACCUCUUGCGUACGUCGCACAACCAACAAUCAAUCAAAAUGUCAACCAAGAGAAAGCUCCCGACCAAGCUUGGUCAACCCAUGGUUAAGCAAGGUGCGAAAUCAUUGGGAACUGCUCACUUGGAUGAAUCGAAAACUGUGGUGUCGGGUGGAGGAACCGCAAGCAAAGUCAAGACAAAUGGAGCGAAGAAGAGCGAAGUGGUCGAAAUAUCCAGCGACGAGGAAGAACAAAGUGACGAUGACAUGGAAGAAGUUGAGGAGGAUGGAAGUGAUGUGGAAGAUGGCAAUGUCAACGCAGAUGUGACAAUGGGAGAUGAAGGAGCUGAAGCUGCCGAGGAAGAUGGAGAACCAACAUUCGGAGAUCUCGUUCGAGCAAACGCCUCAGAACCUAUCGAUGUUGCCGCCGCUUUCGAAGAUUCUAAAUCUCAAACCCUCUCGUACCCUCAAAAUUCAAUUCAGGCUCCAUCUGGCGCAUCCCUCGGAACAGUUCUUACUCAAGCACUCAAGACAAACGAUGUCGCCUUAUUGGAAUCCUGCUUACAUACUACGGAUCUUGGUACGAUUAGAGCUACAAUUCAAAGACUCGAUUCUCCUCUCGCCGCAAUCUUGUUACAAAAGUUGGCAGAAAGAUUACACAGAAGACCUGGUAGAGCUGGUAGUCUGAUGGUUUGGGUUCAAUGGUCAAUGGUUACACAUGGUGGCUACUUGGCAACUCAAAGAGGCCUCAUCAAGAAGUUGUCCGAAGUAAACAGAGUUCUCGAUGAGAGAUCAAAAGCCUUACAACAUCUUUUAUCUUUAAAGGGAAAAUUGGAUAUGUUGGACGCACAAAUCGAAUUACGACGAGGCAUGCAAAACCGAUCAGGAUUGGAUAGUGAGGAUAAUGAUGAGGGUGUCAUCUACGUUGAAGGUCAAAGUGAUGACGAGGAGGAAGUUAUUGUGAAUGGAUUACCACAAAGACUUGCCAAGAAUGGAGAUCUCGAAGAUAUUUCGGAUUCUGAAAUUGAAGAGGAAAUGCUUAAUGGUUUGGUGGCGGAAUCUGAUGAAGAGGAAGAAGAUAGUGAGGAUGAUUUAAUAGAUGAUGAGGCUGAGGAAACUGAUGCGGAUUCUGGAGAUGAGGAUGAAGUUGAUCAUGAUGAUAUUGACGAGCAAGGAGAAGAGGAUGAAAGUGAUGAUGCUGAACAAGGACCACCACGAUCCAAGAUGCAAAAAUUAACAGGCAAUCGUUUCCAAAAUAGAAGAUAAUCAAGAGAAUUUGACUGAUCAAUGCAUCUUGGGCGUUUGCAUGGUUUGGAGUUUUUGAUUCGUCUCUUUUCUUAGGUGUGGUGUAGGGGAUCUCAAAAAAGAACAUUUUUGUUUUGUAGGAGGAUACUUUUUUUUUUUCAUUGUACCUACGGCUAUGGAUACAAGCAUAUAAUGUAUUUAUAUAUGUAUGCUUUUUGUUUUGUAGGUGAAAGAUGACAUUUGCUCUGCUUGAGCUUGGGCUUGGGUAUGUGGGUAGCUAGGUAUCAAUAGGAUUCAAUAUCACUAUGAUGAUGAUUA